CAACAACACCGUAACAUUCCAGUCUGUGUUUAUCUCAUUCUCGUUUCUUGUCGCCUUGCUGUUCUCUUCCUUUCCGCUAUAUCCCGAUGCGAUAGUCUCUCUUGCAUGCAGACAGCCUCCUCUCUUUGCCACUUCUCUUUGCGACAGCCACUGAAUGUAUGUCUGCCGGAGGCCCACACCUGAAAGAUGAAGGCACAAGGACGCAGGUCGUCAUUGCAGGAGGCAUAGCCGGACUAGUUUCAAGGUUCUGCAUCGCGCCUCUCGACGUUGUCAAAAUCCGACUACAGCUGCAGAUUCACUCUCUUUCGGAUCCAGCCUCGCAUUAUGGAAUCAACGGCCCAGUGUACAAGGGGACGAUUCCCACAAUGAGAGCAAUUAUUCGGGAGGAAGGAAUAACAAGUUUAUGGAAGGGGAACAUCUCGGCCGAACUGCUCUAUGUCUGCUACGGGGGAAUCCAAUUCACAGCCUAUCGCACAACAAACCAAGCCCUGCAGAAACUAACCCAUCGUCUACCGCCAUCCGUCGAGUCCUUCAUCUCUGGUGCUGUCGCUGGUGGUCUUGCUACUGCGUCCACAUACCCGCUCGACCUCCUCCGCACUCGGUUCGCCGCGCAAGGGAAGCGAAGAAUCUAUACUUCUAUAUUGUCCUCCGUUCGGGACAUCGCUCGUCAUGAAGGCUCGCGCGGGUUCUUUCGCGGCUGCUCCGCCGCGGUUGCCCAGAUCGUACCGUAUAUGGGCCUGUUCUUCGCAGCAUACGAAGCCCUGCGUCCCCCUCUAUCCCAGUUUGACAGCCUGCCCUUUGGGUCUGGUGAUGCGGCAGCGGGCGUAAUCGCCAGCGUUAUUGCUAAAACAGGUGUAUUUCCUCUGGAUCUGGUGCGCAAACGAUUGCAGGUGCAGGGCCCACAUCGCUCGCGGUAUGUCCAUACCAAUAUACCUGAGUAUCGUGGCGUUGCUAGGACAAUCUCAGUGAUACUAAAAACGCAGGGCGCCCGGGGAUUAUACCGUGGACUGACGGUCAGUCUGGUCAAGGCUGCUCCAGCAAGCGCGGUGACUAUGUGGACGUAUGAACGAGUGCUCAAGAUGCUGCAGGACGUUGACCAUUCUACAGGUGUCUAGCCUCGCAAUUAUAUCACCAUCACUAUUAUUUGAUAUUUAUGGCGUUUUAGAGAUGGGCGGCUUUCUUGUUUUAAUAGAUCAUGUUCUAGAAUUCCCACAGGGGUAGCAUAGUCACUUUACAACCUAAUGUCAGACAAUUUUCAAAUAGAGCAAUUAUUAUUUUUAAAUAAUUUU